AUGAGAACGGUCAGCAAUCCGGUGACAGCAAGGAUGGUUCCACACCUUGGCAAAAAGGAGAUAAGAACGGUCAGCAAUCCGGUGACAGCAAGGAUGGUUCCACACCUUGGCAAAAAGGAGAUAAGAACGGUCAGCAAUGUGAGUGACUUUUUCCUUUUUAUGCUUUCGAUCUUCCACAUUGACGUUGCAAGAUUUGUUCAUCAUUGUAAACAAACAUUUCUCAUUUCAUUAGCCGGUGACAGCAAGGAUGGUUCCACACCUUGGCAAAAAGGAGAUAAGAACGGUCAGCAAUCCGGUGACAGCAAGGAUGGUUCCACACCUUGGCAAAAAGGAGAUGAGAACGGUCAGCAAUGUGAGUGA